AACAAACAGAGUAACACACAUCAUCCACGCCUUCUCUUCUCUCUCUGUCUCGCUCGCUCUCGGGCUUCCUUUCUUAGCGGCGACGACAGGGCGAGUGGCGCCGCCCGCUCAAUUCUUCGUGGGCGCUUCGCCGGCGACGAACAUCCGACAGAGCAGAGGGAAGCCUUAACACAAUGGAAGGAUCAUCGGUGCCAUCUCAAGCUAUCCCAGUUUCCGAAGAUGAUUAUUGCAACAGCUCCAGUGCGCCUGCUGAUGCUGCUGGCAGCAGCUCACCAGCUGUCGCCAAACUCCGGAAGCUGCUGUUCCGGCAAAUGCUGAUUGGUGUGAAUGAUGGCCGCUACUUCCUCGGGUUGUUCCACUGCAUCGAUAAGCAAGGGAACAUAAUCCUCCAGGAUGCCGUGGAGUACCGCAGUGCCCGCCAUUCUUCACCUCCGACAGAGCAACGGUGCCUGGGGCUCAUCUUGAUCCCUGCCGCUUGCCGCUCGUCUUGCCAGGUCGAUUGCUCUAUUGAAGAGAAGAUGUCGCUUCUGUGUUUGGAGUGAAUGGUGCUUCUGAAGAUGUAAUGCUUUCCGGGCUACUGAGCAAGUGAGCAUAGAUGAACGCUUUGUAUAAAGUUCUUAUGUCUUGCUGAGACAUGUGCAACCAAUUCUGUAAUCUGAGAGGGGCCCUGCAUGUUCUUGUUGUAUUAGCUGACAUCUUUGAAGAACGCUUUUCAAGAAUUGUUUAUUUUGAAACUUUUAGGGUCAUUUUGGAGUUUUUUGAGGUAUGAAUGAUUAGGUGCACGUGGGAGUAUA